UAUGUUUUUGUCAAAAUGACUUCAACACCUAGUCUUGCGACAACGACUUCUGUGCCUGAAUUACCUGAAAAGUUUGCUUUGGAAACUCUUGAUAUUGUUGUAGUCGUGGUAUACUUCGUCUUUGUUCUUGUUGUGGGAAUAUGGUCUUCUGUCAGGGCAAACCGUGGGACAGUGGGUGGAUACUUCUUGGCUGGAAGAUCCAUGACAUGGUGGCCUAUUGGGGCCUCUCUGAUGUCCAGUAAUGUUGGCAGUGGUUUGUUCAUUGGACUAGCUGGCACUGGAGCAGCAGGAGGCAUCGCUGUUGGAGGGUUUGAAUGGAAUGCAGCUUGGGUCCUCAUUGCUCUUGGUUGGAUCUUUGUGCCGGUUUACAUCUCUGCUGGUGUGGUAACUAUGCCAGAGUACCUGAAGAAGCGGUUUGGGGGCCAGCGCAUCAGAAUCUACAUGAGUGUUCUCUCCCUCAUCCUCUAUAUUUUCACCAAGAUAUCAACAGACAUCUUCUCUGGCGCUCUGUUCAUUCAAGUGUCCCUGGGCUGGGACCUCUAUCUCUCCACAGUGGUGCUUCUUCUAGUAACUGCCCUCUACACUAUAGCUGGGGGGCUGACAGCAGUUAUCUAUACAGAUGCUUUACAGACGGUCAUCAUGGUGAUAGGCGCAUUCAUACUCAUGUUCAUAGCGUUUGACAAAGUGGGUUGGUAUGAGGGUCUGCUGGAGCAGUACAAGGAGGCCAUCCCCACAUUGACUGUGCCCAACACUACAUGUCACCUACCCCGGUCCGAUGCCUUCCACAUCCUCAGAGACCCAGUGACGGGGGAUCUGCCCUGGCCUGGUCUGCUGUUUGGCCUCACGGUGCUAGCCACCUGGGUGUGGUGCACUGACCAGGUGACAGUGCAGAGGUCUCUCUCAGCCAAGAACCUGUCCCAUGCCAAAGGAGGCUCUGUGCUGGGAGGUUACCUGAAGGUCCUGCCCAUGUUCUUUAUAGUGAUGCCUGGAAUGAUCAGCAGAGCACUUUACCCAAAUGAGGUAGGAUGUGUUGACCCCAUUGCGUGCCAAAGAAUCUGUGGAGCCACCGUGGGCUGCUCCAAUAUUGCCUACCCAAAACUAGUGGUAGAACUUAUGCCUGUUGGCAUGCGGGGGUUGAUGAUUGCAGUAAUGAUGGCUGCCCUCAUGUCCUCUCUGACUUCCAUCUUCAACAGCAGCAGCACCCUGUUCACCAUGGACAUCUGGCAGAGGGUCCGGCCACAGGCCUCCGAGCCAGAACUCAUGGUAGUGGGCAGGGUGUUCAUCUUAGUAAUGGUGGUGCUCAGCAUUCUGUGGAUCCCCAUCAUCCAGUCAGCCAACAGUGGACAGCUGUUUGACUACAUCCAGGCCAUCACCAGCUACCUGGCUCCUCCCAUCACUGCUGUCUUCAUCAUGGCCAUCUUCUGGAGGCGUGUCAAUGAGCAGGGAGCCUUCUGGGGUCUGAUCGUGGGCCUUGCUGUUGGCUUGGUGCAGAUGGUGCUGGUGUUUGUGUAUGGCACCCCAUCUUGUGGAGAGAUAGACAUACGGCCAGCCUUCAUCAGGGAUGUCCACUACCUGUACUUUGCUCUUAUCCUCCUGGCUCUCACUGGCCUGGUCAUCACUGCUGUCAGCCUCUGCACUCCGGCCAUUCCAGAGCACCAUCUCCAUCGCCUGACAUGGUGGACAAGACACAGCAAGGAGCCGCGCAUUGACUUCAAUGACCCAUGGACCACAAAGCCCAGGACACCACCCAGAACUCCUGACCCCAGAGUUGGGGAGGAGGCUGCUGUGGAGGGCGGGCCAUGCUGGAAGCGUACUGGAAUGUGGCUGUGUGGGCUGUCUGGGCCUGAGAAGAAACAGUUAACCCUGGAGGAGAAAAAUGCCUUGGAGUUAAAACUGACCAGCAUUGAGGAAAAACCAAUCUGGCGGAACGUGUGCAAUGCGAACGCCCUCAUACUACUCUCUAUCAAUGUCUUUAUGUGGGGCUACUUUGCCUGAUUUAAUAUAACUCUCAUUUUGAUUAUAGAUAUUGUUGAAUCACAUAUUGUUUAUUGAAUUACUGAUCACACACAAAAUGCUAAUUGGUUUAUAAUUAGAAUGUCAAACAAUAAUGGUAAUGUUGUUUUUAGUUGUGGGAUUUAGACUUUUUAUUGCCAAAACUGUCAUCUGUAUGUGUACUCUUUGAUCAGGGUCAGUAGUUAGGUUUCCAUCCAUUUGGCGACAGAUUUUCAUGCGAAUAUUCUAAAAUCCGCAUAAAAACAAUAUGCACAUUUUCCUACCAUAGAUGCGUUUCCAUCAAAUGGACUUGUUACAGAUAAAAGGCUGUGCGUGAUGAUGUAUUGGACAUAAAAUACCUUUUGCGGUUAAAUUCCCCAUGUACUGAAUAAAAAAUGCAAGUUAAAUGGGUUUCCAUCGCAUUUUCAACUCUAGUGUUGGGUUUCUCACAAAAAAAUAUUGCAUUAAAUAGUGAGUGUUCACACUGGUAUUGGCACAUGCGUCUAGCCAACAGUGCUAUCUGUGUACAAGACAUCACAACCGCGAGGCUCUCCAGAGGGUGGUAAUGUCUGCACAACGCAUCUCCGGGGGCAAACUACCUGCCCUCCAGGACACCUACAACACCCGAUGUCACAGGAAGGCAAGACAAUAACCACCCGAGCCACUGCCUGUUCACCCCGCUUCCAUCCAGAAGGCGAGGUCAUUACAGGUGCACCAAAGCUGGGACAGAGAGAUUGAAAAACAGCUUCUAUGUCAAGGCCAUAAGAUUGUUUAACAGUCACAACUAGCACAGAGGCGGCUGCCUACCAUUCUUGAUAUCAUUGGCCACUUUAAUAAAUGGAACACAAGUCACUUUUAUAAUGCCACUUUAAGAAUGUUUAUGUCUUGCUUUACUCAUCUCAUAUGUAUAUAAUGUAUACUGUAUCCUUCACUAUCUAUUCUUUACCAUCUAUUGCAUCUUAUCUGCUCUGUCACAUCCAUAUGUUUUAUACUUCUAUAUUCUUAUCCCAUUCCUUUACUAGAUUGUGUGUAUUAGUUUUGUUGUGGAAUUUGUUAGAUAUUACCUGUUGGAUACUGCUGCACUAUCGGAUCUUGAAGCAUAAGCAUUUCGCUACACUCGCAAUAACAUCUGCUAACCAUGUGUAUGUGACCAAUAAGAUUCAAUUUGAGUUGCAGACCCGCUUUUGCCCUCAGAAUAGCCUCAAUUUAACUACAAGUUGUCGCAAGCGUUCCACAGGGAAGCUGGCCCUAAUUUUUAAGAUACCUCAAUAGAAAAUGACUCACCCAGUAAAGUACGACUUGAGUAAAAGUCUAAAAGUAUUUGGUUUUAAAUAUACUUAAGUAUCAAAGUAAAUGUAAUUGCUAUAAUAUAUUGAAGUAUCAAAAGAAAAAGUGUAGAUAAUUUCUAAUUCCUUAUAUUUAAACUAGAUGGCAUCAGUUUGGGUUUUUAAUUUACGGAUAUCCAGGGGCACACUCAAACACAUAAUUUAAAAACGAAGCAUGUGUGUUUAGUGAGUCUGCCAGAUCAAAGGCCGUAGAUGACCAGCGAUGUUCUCUUGCUAACUGUGAUAACUGGACAAUUUUCCUGCCCUGCUAAGAAUUCAAAAUGCAAAGACUACUUUUGGGUGUCAGGGAAAAUGUAUGGGGUAACAAGUACAUUUAUUUUCUUUUGGAUUGUAGUGUUUAUUUUCUGUGUCUGUGAAUUCCACAUGGAACUGUUUUGGUUUGUUAUUUCACUUUGUUAUUUUUGUAUUUUGUCGUGUUCAGUUUGUUCUAUUAAAUAUGGACACAUACCACGCUG